GGUAGAGCCCCAACCCUGCCGACAUCAUACGACGCCGACAAAAUUUUCAAUUCAGUCGUUGUAAUAAUAAUAAAUUCUCAAGACUGGCCUGCGUCAGCUGUUGACUUAUGGCAUUUCAUUCCGAGACAAUGAUCCCCAACCACUAUCCAGCCAGGCCAGCGACGCCGCCGCCGCCGCCAGACCACCGGGAGAGCUACACCGAUCAUCUUCGCCACUGCGCACGCACCUCGGUCGAUUUCGAGCCGUUGAAUACGCCGCUUCCUCUGUCCGCUGCGUCCAGCAGGCCUGGGUCCCCUAUAUCCCGGCCAGGCAGCCGCCAGAGCUAUCGCGCCCCCAAUCCGUACCCGCAGGAACGGAUGGUCUAUCGACCAAGAUCAAUGUCCCCUAGUCCAUAUACCACCCCUAUCCAUAAUCGGUCCCGCCCUGCCUCCUACAUGCAGGACCGGCUGGACCAUGGAUACAGGUCACCCUCUCCCAGUCCAUACACCACUCCAAUACCAACCCAGUCCCGCCCUGCGUCCUCCUACAUGCAGGACCGGCUGGACCAUGAAUACAGCUCAGCAUACUUCUCGCCAGCCCAGCCUCUCCCCGCACUAAACGAGAAGCCGGGAGAGCUACCAAGGAGCCCUACGCCAGAUACGCCACGGACAUACGACCCCAACCCGGACUUUUCGCUGGUUCACCGUCGCAUAGCAGAGAGCAAACACGACACGCGCGUGAAGCCUGGGUGUUGCGGUCUCUGCGAGGUCUCAUCUGCCAACGCAGUAGGGAUGAGGAUCGGUGGCUGGCUGACUGGUCUUUUGACUCUUUUCGUCGCGGGUUGUGCUCCAGCUCUUUGCGCUGGGCUUUGUCGUUAGACAUGCAUUAGAUAUAGAUUGGGAGGAGACGGCGAGGGGAGCGGACGGAGAGGGGAGGUGACGGUGGAUGCCCCCCUGCCACCAUUGCGUUUGGGGAUACGCGCAGGCAGCCCUUGCCAGUGGCAACGAG